ACGCUGGUGGCACUUCGCAAUAUAAUCAUCAGUAGUUCCAACAUGGCGCCUACACCUCAGGAACAUGUGUCUACCCAUGAGGGGAUGUUGGCACCUGAUGCAUCAUUGGGCGACCUUGAUGGCGAGAGGAUCGUCAUCACUGGCAUGUCGGGCCUUUACCCAAAGUCUCACAAUGUUCAGGAGUUCUCCAAAAUACUGUAUAGUAAGGAGAAUCCAAUAACAUCGGAGGGCCUGAGAUGGAACUACAAACAUCCGGACCUGGCACAGUACACCGGAAUGGCUCCAGAUCUCGAUCGGUUCGAUGCCCAGUUCUUCUCCGUACACUUCCGUCUCGGCAACUACAUGGACCCUAUGUCUCGCAAAAUACUUGAACAAGCUUACCAAGCUAUUUAUGAUGCAGGCUUGAGUCCGGCACAUCUCAAUGGCAAGAAGGUGGCAGUCUUUGUGGGUUCAUCUUUUUCAGACACGGAAAAAUCUGGAUCCACUGACAUUGUUUCUAAAUCUGGUUUAGGUAUUUUAGGAUCGAGUAAAACCAUGUUCGCCAAUCGUAUCUCCUACUGGUUGAACACGAAAGGUCCAUCCCUAGCCAUAGACGAAGCGGACUGCAGUGCCACCACUGCCCUCGAGGAAGCAUAUUUGGCAUUGAAACGUGGUGCUUGUGAGGCAGCCAUUGUCGGUGGUGCAUACCUAUCUCUACAGCCACAGGCAUCUGUCCACCAUGCAAGACUUUCUGCAACAGUUUCAAAAGAUGGUACCACCAAGUCAUUCGCACAGAAUGCUGAUGGCUAUGUUCUUUCCGACGCAAUUAGCGUUAUACUACUGCAAAAAUCAAAGGAUGCCAAAAGAGUGUACGCCGAAUUAGUACAUGUCAAAAACGAAUUCCUUUCUAUCAUGAAGGAUGCAACGGGAACUGGACCAAGAUUCGGCUACUGCCGUAAUCCUCUUACUGUGGCUGGAUUCAUUAAAGAGUUCUACAAGGAAGCGCAAGUGCCACCGCAGGCAGUCGAAUAUGUGGAAGGAUAUGGAACAGGUGUACCGGAGGGUGAUAAAGCCGAGUUAGAAGCUAUUGAAGAAGUCUACUGCAAAGAUAGGGAAGAUCCCUUACUUGUCGGUAGCGUAACUUCAAACAUUGGCUUGACCGAAGCAGCAGCUGGUAUGACUGCACUUACUAAGGUGUUGCUGGGUUAUCAUCACGGAGCGAUUGCCGCCAACUUGCAUUGUGAUAGCCCGCGUCAGGAUGUGGCUGCACUGCGCGAUGGGCGCAUGCAAGUGGUCACCGACAACAAGAAAUUCCAGCGCAACUACGUUGCCCUCAACGGAAUGUCUGCCGCUGGCGUCAACUCACAUGUGUUGCUGAAGGGAAAAUACAAACCUAAGGACUUAUCGCUCUACAAGAGCUCAAUUCCACACUUGGUCACAAUUUCUGGAAGACAGGAGUCAGCUAUCAGAAACAUAUUUGAAAAUCUCACUUCUCGACCCAUUGACGCUGAGGAAUUAGCGCUGUUGCACAAUAUCCAUGCAAACAACAUCUCAGGGCAUUUGGGCAGAGGAUACGUUAUUUUGGGCACUAACGAGGGGAAUGAAACUGUGAGUCUGGCCCAGAAAUCGGAGUACUUCGACGAUGCUCGCAGGCCAUUAUGGUUUGUGUACAGCGGUAUGGGUUCGCAGUGGGUCGGUAUGGGAACACAACUCAUGCGCAUACCUAUCUUCGCUGCUGCUAUAGAACGGUGUCACAAAGUAUUGCAUCCGGAGGGAAUAGAUAUUGUGAGCAUUAUAACAUCUACGGACCCGAAAACAUUUGACAAUAUUCUCCACUCCUUUGUGGGAAUCGCUGCCAUACAAAUCGGUCUUACAGAUGUCCUUCGUGCAUUAGGCCUGAAGCCCGAUGGUAUCAUAGGUCACAGCGUAGGUGAAUUGGGAUGCGCUUACGCUGAUGGAUGUUUAACAGCUGAAGAAAUGAUACUGUGCGCGUACGGCCGUGGGCUUGUAUCAUUAAACACUGAUUUUAUCCUCGGUUCUAUGGCCGCUGUCGGCCUUGGAUACGAACAAGUAUCCAAGAUUUGUCCACCUGAGAUUGACGUAGCCUGUCAUAACGGACCUGACUCCAGUACUAUCUCAGGACCUGCUGACGUCAUGAAAGAGUUCGUUGCCCAACUCACAGCUAAAGGCGUAUUCGCAAAAGAGGUGCCGUGCUCUAACAAGCCAUACCACUCGCGGUACAUCGCAAAAGCAGCACCUGCUCUUCUUAAGUUCCUGAAGGGAACAAUUAAGAACCCUAAAGCCCGUAGCGAGCGUUGGUUAUCAACCUCCAUUCCUCAGGAGAAAUGGAAUGAAGAACUGGCCACUUAUUGUUCGGCGGAAUACCACACUAACAAUCUGCUAAGCCCGGUGUUGUUCGACGAGACGAUACGUCUAUUACCUGGCAACGCGGUGCUGGUGGAGGUGGCGCCGCACGGGCUGCUGCAGGCCAUCCUCAAGCGCGCCAUGCCGGCCGAGGCCCGUCACGUGCCGCUCACGCGCCGCGGACACGCCGACAAUGCAUUGUUCCUGCUUCAGGCUGUUGGCGAUUUGUACAUGCACGGCUACACCCCAGAAGUUCAAGCUUUGUACCCGAAAGUGGAGUUCCCCGUUUCUACUGAAACGCCAAUGCUGUCCCAUUUAGUGCAGUGGAAUCACAGUGAAAAAUGGAGAGUUACAUCUUUCGUUGGUGGAGAAAAGAGGGCGGCAGCGGCGUGCCAGUUCGUGAAGUCCAUCCACGACGAUGAAUACACCUACCUGCAAGGACACGUCGUAAGAGAAAAGCGGUGCUAUCCCUUCGCGGCGGCACUGGUUGACGCGUGGGACACUCUUGCGAUGCAUUUGGACGUGGGCAAGCGCAACGGCACGGUGCAAUUCCGUGAUGUUCACCUGUACGCGCAGCCCACGCUUCACGACCAGCGACCGCUCCGCCUCAGCGUCGCGUUGCAUAGAGGCGACGGACGGUUUGAGGUCAUGAACGAAAGCUUCAGGGUAGCCUCUGGGUACAUCUUCAGCAACCCCGCUGAAGACGAAGCAAAACAAGACGUUGAGUCAGGUGACCUGGUGCUCAGCUCAAAGAAUGUAUAUCAAUUACUGAAAGAGAGAGAUUACAAUUACAGUGGCGAGUUCUGUAGUAUCGAGGCCUGCGACACUACACUGAGCUCAGCGGCUCUAGUGUGGCGUGACAACUGGGUGACGUUCCUCGACGGCUUGCUGCAGCUCAACAUGCUGCGCCAGCCGCACCGCGCCGUCACGCUGCCCACGCACAUCAGGAGACUGGACAUCGACACUACAAAACAUAACGAAUAUUCUUACACCCUGAAUGGAAAAACUGUUGUGAAUGCCAAUGUGUCUGAUGUCUUCCAUCUUACAAGGUGUGGCGGUGUUGAACUACAAAACAUUCAGUACCGUGAUCUACCUUCUGUCAGUCAAGAUAUAAGAAGGGUUGAUUUGGUGGUACCAUCUGCAAAGCAAAAGUUAUGCGGUUCGCAAAACGGAGGAGUGAAGAACGAAGUAACUUUGCAAUGUGCUCAAAUCGGCAAUCUGGAUUCACUGCAGUGGGUAGAGACAGCAGCUCCUUUAGACGACUUUGGUGUCGUAGUCAAGGUUCAUUACGCUGGACUCUCCACCUCCGAUGUAAGAGCUGUCGGAAAGAUGUCCUGCAACACUGAUGGCUACGGCAUGGAUUACAGUGGAGUCACUCAAGAUGGUGUUCGCGUGAUGGGCUUGGUGCGAGGUGGAGCAGCCAGCAGCGUGGUGCGCGCGCAGUCGCAGCUGCUGUGGCCCGUGCCGGUACACUGGAGCCUCGAGGACGCCGCCACCGUGCCGCUCGCCUACGCGCACGCCUUCUACUGUCUCGGAAUUAAACUUUAUAAGCAACUGACACCAGAGACGAAUUUGUUUGUACAUGGAGGUGCUGGAAGUUUUGGACAAGCUAUCAUAUCAAUAGCAUUGGCUUACGGCUGCCAAGUUUUCACUACCGUUAGUGAUAUUAAGAAGAAACGAUUUUUACUGAACCUAUUCCCAGAAUUAAAAGCUGAAAAUAUUGGCAACUCUCGGGACCAUAGUUUCGGAGAUAUGGUUCUACAGGCAACAAAGGGCAGGGGUUGUGACAUUGUCAUUAGUUCAGCUAAGGGAGAUUUGAAAACUACUACACUUAACUGUGGAGGAAACGAAUGCAUCUUUUUAGAUAUUUCUCAACUUCACAAUCAAGAUGAAGAUUACGAUUUUGGGAUGUACAACCUCACUAAAGAAAGGGGAUACGCUGUUGUCGAUUUCUCUUCAAUCUUCCUCCCUGAAAAAAUUGAAGAAGUCAAAAAAUUACAGAAAAUGUUAAGUGAGGGUAUCCGCUUGGGCUACGUGCGUCCGCUGUCGCGCGUGACGUACGCGCCGCACGAGGCCGCGCGCGCGUUCCGCCUGCUGGCCGCCAGCCGACACCGCGGCAGGGUGCUGCUCAGGAUACAAGGCUCUGUUAACUCUGUGUACCCCAGAAUAAUAUGCAACCCUAACGAGUGCCAGGCCAUGUUCUGGGACGAAGGUGCUCUCGGAGUGCAACUGGCCGAAAGGCUCAUCGAACGUGGUGCAAGGAAACUGUACAUUCAAUCUAAAAACUUGACUCAAUACGAACAAUACAAAAUUGGAACCUGGAAAAAACUUGGCGCCGAUGUUAUGGUAUCGGAAAAUAAUAUAAAUGGAAAUACGCUUGUAAAGGAUGCUUCCAGUAUUGGAACUCUUGGAGGAAUUUACGUGGCAAUCACAAACGUAUCUAAUGAUAAAGUUGCAGAACUGGGACAGCUUAUAAAAUCAAUAGAUUCAUCUGCAAGAUCCAUAUGUCCUCACCUGCAGUACUUCGCAAUAUUAUCAGCUAUUAAAUCGCUGGGACAAGAUAUUUGUGUUGACAGAGCAAAAUGUGGAUUUGCAGCGACACAUUUAGACCUUUCGGAAUUAUACCAAGCGCAAAGUAAGGCAAGCUCUCACGACGUGGUGGAUGUGGCGGAGCGCGCGCUGCGCAGCCCGUCGCCGGUAGUGGCCGCGGUACCUGUACCCGUCAAUGAGCCCUCACUACUCCAGCAGCUCAUUGCACUUUCAAAAAUACAAAUCCCACAAAACGUGGAUCCGGAAGCAACAUUGAAAGAUUUAGGACUUGUCGAUGAAAGCAUACCCUUAAUCUGCUCCUUCUUGGAUGUCGUUUAUAAUGUAUCCUUGGAUGAAGACUCAAUACCAGAUUUAACUCUAAAGGGAAUACAAGAACUGGUGGAGACUGCAACUGAUAUUGUUCCUGAAAAUGUAAAUGGGCUAGCUACAUUCUUUUCUAAGGUGUCGGCAGAUGAACUCAUCGCAACUACUGAGUUAUUCGCUGUACCUACUCUAAACAAGGACAUUACUUUGUCAGAGGACGAGUUUGAUGUGAAUAAGAGAUACCUGUGCAUAGUGCCGGGCAUGGAGGGGCAUUACGAACGAUUCCAAGUGCUGUGCGAACGCCUCAAGCUGCCCGCCUUUGUGCUUCAGCCAGGAUACGAUCGCCCACGAGAAACUAUAAGAGAGACCGCAGAAAGAUACGCCAAGAUUCUUUUGAAGAAAACUGGAAUACAAAAUAACUUCUACUUACUGGGAUACGAAAUAGGAGUGCUGGUAGCUCUUGAACUGACCGCAAUACUAGAAGACCACGGUUUAACGGGCACAGUGUUUUGCCUCGGAUGUGCGCCAGAAGAGUUCCAGGCAACUCUCGAAGAACAAUUGAGUAGUUUUAAGACUGAAGAACAACUUCAAGAUGCCAUAAUUAGACACAUGAGUAAGUUGAUUACUGACGGAGAUGUACCGGCUCUGGACGACAUUCUUAGCGAAACUGCUACUUGGUCCGAGAAAGUGGCCGUGUGUACCCGAAGUUUACUGGGGCGUAUGCAGCAUUCCGUACAGUACGCGCAAGCGCAAAUAGAGUCGGCGCUGGGCAACAUAUCGCGUGGGCGUGCUUACGUGGCGCCCGUGCGUGCGCUGCGCUCGCAGCUGGUUCUGCUCCGUGCGGCGAACUGCAAGCCCGCCGCGCGCGCGCUGCAGCAGCACUCGCAGCGCCCCGACGCCGUGCACCAGCUCCGCACACCUCUCUCCUACGUCUCCAAUGACAUGGAAUGUCCUGCCAUCAUCAACCGUUAUCUCGACGAUGAGAUUAAAACUGAAUUUGAAAUGAAGAACCUAUGCGAAGCUUACAGCUUAUACAAAGAUUUAUUCUAGAUCCGAAAAUUCAUGGUCCGAAAAUUCGUGGUCCGAAAAUUAACUAAAUAAAUUAUUAUCCGUACUAUUUAAA